UUUGAUUAUUGUUUUUUAAGUGACUUCCCAGCAUUCAGCAAACGUCUGCAGCCACACUGACACCUUUAGUGAGUACAGGACUGGUACGGAAUACCGUGGAGCUGCUGAUAAGUGAUGGGUUCCUCUGGUGUGUGGGCAGACCCUGGAUGAAAUGGUGGAUGUGCUGCAGUGACAGACUGUGAGGCCCACAGCCACAGCAAACCCACAGAGUGUGUACUAAAACCCAACAGCUCCUUCACUUGUCAGGAACGUUGCACAUGUUCUGAACAUGUUUAAUUUCUUAAGAUGCCUCUUAAAAAUGACAAAAAUAUCAGACUUCCACAAAGAAUUUCAGAGUUUAAUGACACUUGCAUAAUUCCUAUUAAAAUACUUGAUUGUUGAUUGAUUGUUGAUUUGAUUUCACUUGGUGGCUAAUUUAAGAAUAAUAAAUAAGACUUCGGACACGCAAAGAGGUAAUUAACGAAUAUCUGUUGUAAAUAAAAUGAUCACUUAAAAUUCAGCAUGUGGCUUCACUCCGCUGCAGAUCUAUUUUUAAGAAAAGCAAAACUUAUUCGCCUCACUUGUUGCGUGUAAAAAAAUCCACACUGGAAUCUAAAAUCAAAGUGCAAUCAACAUUCAACUACAAAAUUUAAGGAAAGCGAUGAAGAAGCGAUCCUGGCAAACUGUUCCAUCCAGUCAGCCGUGGUCUGACCAAAGUCGUGUAAUGAAGCCUCAGAGCAGCGAAGAGACGAAGGGAGGAGCAAAGCUGUGACAGAAAAGACAGAAAGUCCAACACAAACAGCUUCUGUCUCAAAGAUGGCAUCACGUCACCUGGGUCUGUGUUCAGUGUUGGUCCUGAUCACGCUGACAGGCGUCAGCUGUGAAGAACUGACGGCAGGCAAGACUGAAGAGUCCAGAUUAGAAGACAGCUCCGUUACUCUGUCCUACAGGUACAAGAAGACUAUAACAUCUGGGGAUGAUUUCUUCUGGUAUCGACAACAUCCAGGGAAGCCACCACAACAUCUGCUGUACAUCUCAGGGCUCAAUAUUACAAAACCUGCAGAGUCUCUGAAAUCAGACACGAAGUUCACAACUAAACUGUCUGGAGACAAACAUGUGGAUCUUCAGAUCUCCUCUGCUGCAGUGACAGACUCUGCUCUGUACUACUGUGCUGUGAGGCCCACAGUGACAGCAAACCCACAGUCUCUGUACAAAAACACAAAGUGUAAAGGACAAGACAAAGUGAACCAGCCAACAGAGGAUGUCAUUGCUACUGAAGGAGACUCAGUUACACUUGGAUGUACAUUUGAGACAAGUGACCCAACUCCAACUUUGUUCUGGUACAAACAGGAAGUAAACGGUUAUCCAAAGUACAUGCUGAAAUGUUUCUCUAAAACAGUCGAUCAUGCUCCAGAGUUUGAAAAGGACAGAUUUAAUGCUACAAUUGAGAACAAGUCGGUUCCUCUGAAGAUCCAGAAGCUUCACCUGUCUGACUCUGCUGUUAUGAGUCUCCUCCUACUGACUGCAGAGGUGCUUCAUGGCAGAAAACUGUUUGAUUCCAGCUGUGAACAUCAGACCAAACACAACUCACAGAACUUACUCAUACUGAACAUUCAGUUCCAGCCUUUCACCUCAGUGAACAUGGAAAAACUCUCUGCAGUUUUGUUCUGUUUAGUCCUCGUAGGUAACACCUUGGAAGAUCAAAUUACUGCCAACAGAGCUGAAGUGACUUCAUCAGAGGGCCUGAGUGUCACUCUGUCCUGUAACUAUUCAGUUAAAGCUCAGAAUCUCCAGUGGUAUCGACAGGAUGCUGGAUCAGCUCUUCAGUUCCUUCUCCUGAUUACUGAUGCAAAAGAGCCUUCAGUGGUGGAAGCAACACCUCCACACCCUGGACUGACUGUGAACCUGAAUGAGGAGAGAAAUCGAGUGGAUCUGCAGAUCUCCUCUGCUGCAGUGACAGACUCUGCUGUGUACUACUGUGCUCUGCAGCCCACAGUGACAGGAAACACCAAAACUCUGUACAAAAACCUUUGGAGCAAAGACAACAGAAUACUCCACAACAUCCACUAGAGGGAGUCACACACUGUUACACUGCAGUGGGAUGUGAUGGUAAAGUCCAGAUUGUUUUCUCUCAGAGCUUCAGAAAUGAAGAUCAUUUGACAUAUGAGUCUCCUCCUACUGACUGCAGAGGUGCUUCAUGGCAGAAAACUGUUUGAUUCCAGCUGUGAACAUCAGACCAAACACAACUCACAGAACUUACUCAUACUGAACAUUCAGUUCCAGCCUUUCACCUCAGUGAACAUGGAAAAACUCUCUGCAGUUUUGUUCUGUUUAGUCCUCGUAGGUAACACCUUGGAAGAUCAAAUUACUGCCAACAGAGCUGAAGUGACUUCAUCAGAGGGCCUGAGUGUCACUCUGUCCUGUAACUAUUCAGUUAAAGCUCAGAAUCUCCAGUGGUAUCGACAGGAUGCUGGAUCAGCUCUUC